CAAAACACUCCCUUUACUACAGACUGACGACUUGUUGAAACGUUUAACAUUUGGCAUAACUCAAAUCGUGUAUUUGUGCAUCCAAACACUUAGAGAGGGAGAGAUUUAAAAGAUUAAAAAGUCGCGCGCAAUGAGACAAGCCCCGAGGCAGCCGCUUUUUACGCACGACACGAUGUCCGGGACAAGGAAACAAUCCAGCACCGACUCAUCUGAUUCAAACCCUUGGGAUCGUUUGGGAAGCCCGACACUGUGGUCUCCCACCUCCCAGAUUCCGCUGCAGCAUGGGCUCUACGUGGAUGCGGCAUUUCCCAUGCAGAUUCAAUCCGACGUGGUGUGGAAACGACCCAAGGAGAUCUGUCAGUUUCCUCAGUUUAUCGUGGAUGGAGCCACUCGAAUGGACAUCUGCCAGGGAGUUUUGAAUGACUGCUGGUUCCUGUCAGCAGUGGCGUCUCUGUCGCUGUACCCUUCCCUUAUGGAUCGUGUCAUUCCCUCGGGCCAAAGCUUCCAGCAGGGCUACAACGGCUCUUUCUUUUUUCGGUUCUGGCAGUACGGUGAGUGGAUUAAGAUACGAAUCGACGACCGUUUGCCGACUCGUAAUGGUCAGCUGAUGUAUCUGCGCUCCACCAACAAAGAUGAGUUCUGGAGCGCAUUACUAGAGAAAGCUUAUGCAAAGCUGAAUGGUGGUUAUAAUGGCCUGAAUAUGGGUUUCCCUCAUGAGGCGAUGGCGGAUAUGACUGGUGGCAUCACGGAGGUUUUCGUGGUGUCGUUACUUCCUCGGGCACUGGGCUCCUUCCUGCAACCCCUGCUCCAGAAAGGGGCACUCAUAAACUGUGGCAACUCUCAGGGUCCUCUUGAAAAGAGUAAUGAGUUUGGGAUUUUGUUCAAACAUGCCUAUUCCGUGACAGGACUCGAGACGAUUCAAACUACCAUUGGUCCAGUUGAACUGGUGCGGAUUCGGAACCCUUGGGGCAAUACUGAGUGGAAGGGACCCUGGAGUGAUGAAAAAGGGAUAGAGUGGCGUAUGGUGAGCGCUGAAGAGCAGCUACGUGUGCAGAGAGUCCAGCAGGAUGAUGGGGAAUUCUGGAUGGCUCUAUCUGACUUCCGACAAAACUUUGAUAUGAUGGAGGUGUGUCACCUCAGCGAUGACACGUUGAACAUGGGUGGAGCCAUAAAGCAUCCCUGGCAAUGCACAGCGCAUCAUGGAAAAUGGAUCCCUUUCCGAGGGUCACCUCAGUUCAAUCUGACCCUUUUGGAGGAGGACGAUGACCCCAGUGACCCUGAGCUAACAUGCUCGUUCCUGUUGGCACUCAUGCAGAAACAUACGCGUCAGAAGGGAAUACUGCCUGUUGCUUUGCAGAUAUUCAAGGCCCGAUCAGAGCAUGAUUACCUCUUCCCGCAGGAUGCGUCUCAGCUCAGUCCAGUGCUCAGCAGUGUUAAUGACAUUGGUUAUGUCCAACGGCGAGAGCUGGUGGUGCGCGGUCGCCUGGCACCAGGUCAUUACAUCAUCAUUCCCACAACAUCAGAGACCAAUCAGGCAGGAAAAUUCCUCCUGAGAGUUCUAACGGAGAAAGGCAACCAUACCAUACCUGUUCAGAGACCUGCAGUAGAUGCAAACACACCUACAGCGCCGCUGUCUCCGCAUCUCACAGGACUCUCGUCCACAAAUGAGGCUAAAGAUCUCUUCUUGAAACACUGCACCAAGGGGUCUCACUGCAGGCCACUUGAUCUAUAUAACCUGCUGACUGAAGCCAUUGCAAAAGGAGUCUUUGCAGGUAGUGAGAAGAAACUGAGUUUGGAACACUGCAAGAGCUUCGUGGUGCUCAUGGAUAGUCAAGGAAUGGGACACCUCAACUUGACAGAGUUCCUGGCAUUGUGGGACAAACUCAGGAGAUGGACAAGUAUUUUUAUGACAUUCGACAAAAACAAGAAUCAAGCGCUGGAGUAUCAAGAAAUCUCCCCAGCUUUAUCAGCAGCAGGCAUAGAGGUGGAUGAGUUCAUACUGCAGCUGAUCGGCCUGCGCUACACGGAGCCAGAUAUGACCGUCAGCUUUCCAGGAUUCCUCUUCCUGCUCAUGAAACUGUACAGCAUGAUGUGGAAGUUUCAGUCCUUUGAUGUGGCAGGAAUGGGAAUGAUUUCAGUAAACUGCAGACAGUUCCUUCAUAUGACCAUGUACAACUGAUUUCAGACCAGCUGUGGGACCCCUGCAGGGAACAACACUACAUUCUUUAGUUUUAGUCCUGGAUGCUGAUUGGUCAAUACAUUGUUACAGAUAUACUAAAAUACAUAAUAUAGUAGCAGCUAAGAUGCAAAACACCUGUAAAGGACUCAUGGAGGCCAACUAUUAUUCUUAGUUUAUAUUUCAGGUACUAUAUAUUCUAGCAGAAGCAUGGCACUUUAUGAGUUUGCUGAAUAAAAUGACAUUUCAAUUAUAA